CGCACCCCCGGUGCUGAACCAAGAUGGCCGGCGGCACAGGCCGGGCCCCGGCGUGAGCUGAGCGCGGGCUGCAGCCCCGGCCAUGCCCUAGUCCAGGGGCCGCUAAGCUCUACCUAACAGAGCCGGCCCGCCGGCGACCUCGGAGACAUGUCUCUUCUUUGCGUUGGAGUCAAAAAAGCCAAGUUUGAUGGUGCUCAAGAGAAAUUCAACACGUACGUGACCCUGAAAGUGCAGAAUGUCAAGAGCACGACCAUCGCUGUGCGGGGCAGCCAACCCAGCUGGGAGCAGGAUUUCAUGUUCGAGAUUAACCGCCUGGAUUUGGGGCUGACAGUGGAGGUGUGGAACAAGGGUCUCAUCUGGGACACCAUGGUGGGCACCGUGUGGAUUCCCCUGCGGACCAUCCGCCAGUCCAACGAAGAGGGCCCCGGAGAGUGGCUGACACUGGACUCUCAGGUCAUCAUGGCGGACAGUGAGAUCUGUGGCACCAAGGACCCCACGUUCCACCGCAUCCUCCUUGACACCCGCUUCGAGCUGCCUUUAGACAUCCCAGAGGAGGAGGCACGCUACUGGGCCAAGAAGCUGGAGCAGCUGAAUGCCAUGCGGGACCAGGAUGAGUAUUCAUUCCAAGAUGAACAAGACAAGCCUCUCCCUGUCCCCAGCAACCAGUGUUGCAACUGGAAUUAUUUUGGCUGGGGUGAGCAGCAGAAUGAUGACCCUGAUAGUGCAGUGGAUGACCGUGACAGUGACUAUCGCAGCGAGACAAGCAACAGCAUCCCACCACCUUAUUACACUACAUCCCAGCCCAAUGCCUCAGUCCACCAGUAUUCUGUCCGUCCACCACCCCUGGGUUCCCGGGAAUCCUACAGUGACUCCAUGCACAGUUAUGAGGAGUUCUCCGAGCCACGGGCCCUCAGCCCCACCGGCAGUAGCCGCUAUGCCUCUUCGGGGGAACUGAGCCAGGGCAGCUCUCAGCUGAGCGAGGACUUCGACCCGGACGAGCAGAGUCUACAGGGCUCUGAGAUGGAGGACGAACGGGACCGGGACUCCUACCACUCCUGCCACAGCUCGGUCAGCUACCACAAGGACUCCCCACGCUGGGACCAGGAUGAGGAGGAGCUGGAUGAAGAACUAGAUGAGGAGCUGGAUGAGGACCUGGAGGACUUCCUGGAGGAGGAGGAGGAGCUGCCUGAGGAGGAGGAGGAGCUGGAGGAGGAGGAGGAAGUGCCUGAUGACAUUGGCAGCUACACCCAGCGGGAAGAGGUGGCAGUGGCUGAGCCCAAAGACUUUAAGCGUGUCAGCCUCCCACUGGCCGCGUUGGAGAAGGAGGAGAAGGCUCCAGCUGUACCUGCUGAGGCCCACGACAUGGCCAAGGCAGCCCCUGAGCCAGCCGCCCCGGAGGAGGUGCCCACAACUGAGCGGGCACCUGAGCCUGAACCCCCCAAGUCUGAGGAGAGUUUCAGGCGACGAGAGGAUGAGGAAGGCCAGGAGGGUCAGGACUCCAUGUCCCGGGCCAAGGCCAACUGGCUUCGAGCCUUCAACAAAGUGCGUCUGCAGCUGCAGGAGGCCCGAGGAGAGGGAGAGAUGUCUAAAUCCCUAUGGUUCAAAGGCGGCCCUGGAGGUGGCCUCAUCAUCAUUGACAGCAUGCCAGACAUCCGCAAGAGGAAGCCCAUUCCACUUGUGAGCGACCUGGCCAUGUCCCUGGUCCAGUCCAGAAAAGCAGGCAUCACCUCGGCCUUGGCCUCCAGCACUUUGAACAACGAGGAGUUGAAAAACCACGUUUACAAGAAGACCCUGCAAGCCUUAAUCUAUCCCAUCUCCUGCACGACGCCGCACAACUUCGAGGUGUGGACGGCCACCACGCCCACCUACUGCUACGAGUGCGAGGGGCUGCUGUGGGGCAUCGCAAGGCAGGGCAUGCGCUGCACCGAGUGCGGUGUCAAGUGCCACGAGAAGUGCCAGGACCUGCUCAAUGCAGACUGCCUGCAGCGGGCCGCGGAGAAGAGCUCCAAGCACGGGGCAGAGGACCGGACGCAGAACAUCAUCAUGGUGCUCAAGGACCGCAUGAAGAUCCGGGAGCGCAACAAACCCGAGAUCUUCGAGCUCAUCCAGGAGAUCUUCGCCGUGACCAAGACCGCGCAUACGCAGCAGAUGAAGGCGGUCAAGCAGAGCGUGCUGGACGGCACAUCCAAGUGGUCGGCCAAGAUCAGCAUCACUGUGGUCUGUGCCCAGGGCUUGCAGGCAAAGGACAAGACGGGAUCCAGUGACCCCUAUGUCACUGUCCAGGUUGGGAAGACCAAGAAACGGACAAAAACCAUCUAUGGGAACCUGAACCCUGUGUGGGAGGAAAAUUUCCACUUUGAAUGUCACAACUCCUCAGACCGAAUCAAAGUGCGUGUCUGGGAUGAGGAUGAUGACAUCAAAUCCCGUGUGAAGCAGCGAUUUAAGAGGGAAUCUGAUGACUUCCUGGGACAGACGAUCAUCGAGGUGCGGACACUCAGCGGCGAGAUGGACGUGUGGUACAACCUGGACAAGCGGACUGACAAAUCUGCUGUAUCAGGUGCCAUCCGGCUACACAUCAGUGUGGAGAUCAAAGGCGAGGAAAAGGUGGCCCCGUACCAUGUCCAGUACACUUGUCUGCAUGAGAACCUGUUCCACUUCGUGACGGAUGUGCAGAACAAUGGGGUUGUGAAGAUCCCCGAUGCCAAGGGUGAUGACGCCUGGAAGGUCUACUAUGACGAGACAGCCCAGGAGAUUGUGGAUGAAUUUGCCAUGCGCUAUGGUGUGGAGUCCAUCUACCAAGCCAUGACCCACUUUGCCUGCCUCUCCUCCAAGUACAUGUGUCCUGGGGUGCCCGCCGUCAUGAGCACCCUGCUCGCCAACAUCAAUGCCUACUAUGCGCACACCACCGCCUCCACCAACGUAUCCGCUUCUGACCGCUUUGCUGCCUCCAACUUCGGGAAAGAGCGCUUUGUCAAACUCCUGGACCAGCUGCACAACUCCCUGCGGAUCGACCUCUCCAUGUAUCGGAAUAACUUCCCAGCCAGCAGCCCAGAGAGACUCCAGGACCUCAAAUCCACUGUGGACCUUCUCACCAGCAUCACCUUCUUUCGGAUGAAGGUGCAAGAACUCCAGAGCCCACCCCGAGCCAGCCAGGUGGUGAAAGACUGUGUGAAAGCCUGCCUCAACUCUACGUAUGAGUACAUCUUCAACAAUUGUCAUGAACUCUAUAGUCGGGAGUACCAGACAGACCCGGCCAAGAAGGGAGAAGUUCCCCCAGAGGAACAGGGACCCAGCAUCAAGAACCUUGACUUCUGGUCCAAGCUGAUUACUCUCAUAGUGUCCAUCAUUGAGGAAGACAAGAAUUCCUACACUCCCUGCCUCAACCAGUUUCCCCAGGAGUUGAAUGUGGGUAAAAUCAGUGCCGAAGUGAUGUGGAACCUGUUUGCCCAGGACAUGAAGUAUGCCAUGGAGGAGCAUGACAAGCAUCGCCUGUGCAAGAGUGCUGACUACAUGAACCUACACUUCAAGGUCAAGUGGCUGUACAAUGAGUAUGUGGCAGAGCUUCCUGCCUUCAAGGACCGCGUGCCCGAGUACCCUGCGUGGUUUGAGCCCUUUGUCAUACAGUGGUUGGACGAGAAUGAGGAGGUGUCCCGGGACUUCCUGCACGGGGCCCUGGAACGAGACAAGAAGGAUGGGUUCCAGCAGACCUCAGAGCAUGCCCUAUUCUCCUGCUCUGUGGUGGACGUCUUCUCCCAGCUCAACCAGAGCUUUGAGAUCAUCAAGAAACUCGAGUGCCCUGACCCCCAGAUCGUGGGACACUAUAUGAGGCGCUUUGCCAAGACCAUCAGUAAUGUGCUCCUCCAGUAUGCCGACAUCAUCUCCAAGGACUUCGCCUCCUACUGCUCCAAGGAGAAGGAGAAAGUGCCCUGCAUCCUCAUGAACAAUACUCAGCAGCUCCGCGUGCAGCUAGAGAAGAUGUUCGAAGCCAUGGGAGGGAAGGAGCUUGAUGCUGAGGCCAGUGACAUCUUGAAGGAGCUCCAGGUGAAACUCAACAAUGUCUUGGAUGAGCUCAGCCGGGUCUUUGCUACCAGCUUCCAGCCACACAUUGAGGAGUGUGUCAAGCAGAUGGGCGACAUCCUCAGCCAGGUGAAGGGCACGGGCAAUGUGCCAGCCAGUGCCUGCAGCAGCGUGGCCCAGGAUGCUGACAAUGUGCUACAACCCAUUAUGGACCUGCUGGACAGCAACCUGACUCUCUUUGCCAAAAUCUGUGAGAAGACGGUGCUGAAAAGGGUGCUAAAGGAGUUAUGGAAACUGGUCAUGAACACCAUGGAGAAGACCAUCGUCCUGCCGCCCCUCACUGACCAGACGAUGAUCGGCACCCUCUUGAGAAAACAUGGCAAGGGAUUAGAAAAGGGCAGGGUGAAAUUGCCAAGCCACUCAGAUGGAACCCAGAUGAUCUUCAACGCAGCCAAAGAGCUGGGUCAGCUGUCUAAACUCAAGGACCACAUGGUACGAGAAGAAGCCAAGAGCUUGACCCCGAAGCAGUGUGCAGUAGUUGAACUGGCCCUGGACACCAUCAAGCAAUACUUCCACGCGGGUGGUGUGGGCCUCAAGAAGACCUUCCUGGAGAAGAGCCCAGACCUGCAGUCCCUGCGCUACGCCCUGUCCCUUUACACCCAGGCCACGGACCUGCUCAUCAAGACCUUCGUGCAGACACAAGCGGCCCAGGUCCAUGGUGGAAAAGGGACUAGGUUUACCCUUAGUGAAGACAUUUAUCCUGAGAAGGGCUCGGGUGUGGAAGACCCUGUGGGUGAAGUUUCAGUCCACGUUGAGCUCUUCACUCAUCCAGGAACUGGGGAACACAAGGUCACUGUGAAAGUCGUGGCUGCCAAUGACCUCAAGUGGCAGACUUCUGGCAUUUUCCGGCCAUUCAUCGAGGUCAACAUCAUUGGGCCCCAGCUCAGCGACAAGAAACGCAAGUUUGCAACCAAAUCCAAGAACAACAGCUGGGCCCCCAAGUACAACGAGAGCUUCCAGUUCACGCUGAGCGCGGACGUGGGCCCGGAGUGCUACGAGCUGCAGGUGUGCGUCAAGGACUACUGCUUCGCGCGCGAGGACCGCACGGUGGGGCUGGCCGUACUGCAGCUGCGAGAGCUGGCCCAGCGCGGGAGUGCCGCCUGCUGGCUGCCACUGGGCCGCCGCAUCCAUAUGGACGACACGGGCCUCACGGUGCUGCGCAUCCUGUCACAGCGCAGCAAUGACGAGGUCGCCAAGGAGUUCGUCAAGCUCAAGUCGGACACGCGCUCCGCCGAGGAGGGCGGUGCCGCGCCUGCGCCCUAGUGCGGGGCACGCGGGCGGGCAGCACUGCGCCUGCGCACGGGGCGGGGCGGCGUCUGCGCGCUGGGACCUCCCGGAGGGCGAGUCUUCGGGCUCUGUGCAGAGGGCUGGCUGCGCCUGCGCCCUUGACUUAGCGCACCCCUCUAGGGAAUUGUGAACGGAUGACGCCCCGCCCCCUCAAGAGGCCACGCCCUAGGGCGCUAUGAAGGAAGAAGCCACAUCCCCUACUAGAAGCCAAGUCCCCAGCGCCUAGGGGACCUUUGGAGCUGGGAUGGGAGGAAGUCCCGCCCCCUAUGGAGGAGGCCAGAUCCUGGGGCUCUGGUACGGGGAGGCCCUGCCUCCUGUCCCCUGGAAAAGCCAUAAGAUGGGUCCCCAAGCCGUGGGGCCCAAGACCAAUUGCCAAGUAUGGAACUCUCAGCUCCCUCAAGGGGCGGGCCCUGGGCGAGGGGCAGGGCUUCCUGGAGCAGCCCCCUGGGGUGGCCUAGGGGUUGGAGGCACUAGGAUGCUCGCUGGAGGGCCCAGGUUGGACCAGAGUGUCUUUUCGUUUUGUGCAAAAAAUACACGGGGAAGGAGGGGAGGAUGGGAUUUCAAAAGCACAUGCGCCCUCGGGCGCCCAAACCCUGGGGGCCGAGUGGACGGCUCUGAAGCACCCGCGCUGCCCCCACUUCCCUGUGGGGGUUUGCCUCUCCUUUUCCCCCACCAUACCCCAAUCUCAUAUCAUAGAGUUCAACCUACCCAUUUAAGAGAUGGCAAAACUGAGGCCGAGAGAGCUGCUUGAGACUUUGCUGAAGAUCCCAGUGCCAUGAGACUUUGCUGAAGAUCCCAGUGCCACACCCUCUCCCUACUACUCCCUUUGGCCUGUGUGCCCCAUCUAAGGGUGGGCUGACAUCGGGUGACCCGACACAGCUCCCCAUUGCUGCUAACCCCUCUUCAGGGGACCUCCCCCAAUCCUUACAAGGGAUGAGGGUUCUGGGCCAAGACCCCCACUGCCCCCCCUCCCAUGUCUGGCUGCCCAGCAAAACCCCUGCCCUUGACCCUUUCCACUGGGACCCUAUGGGGAGAUUCUGUGAGAACUCUAGAUUUCCCACCAAAAAAAGAGAGGAUUGGGAUUCCCUGGACCCAGGCAUCCCCUGAACCCCUUUUUCCUCUCCCAGAAUUCUCCAGGCAGGCAAGAAAGAGACCAGGAACUCUAGGUGUGUGUGUGUGUGUGUGUGUGUGUGUGUGUGUGCAAAUAUGUAAACAUACUUGGAGCUUAGUCUCCAAAAUCUUAUUCAUUCAUUCAAACAUCGUGCCACAGGAUACCUCCAGGUGGGACCUCUGCCCGCCUAAAGCUUUUCCUCCAGGAGGCAAUAGUGGGGCAAUCUGGCCAGAGUCAAGUUCCCCACUGUAGUUCAUAAAGGCAGAACGUUUUGGGAAAGUUUGUCCUGGCCUGUCUUUGCCCUCAAUCUGCUUUUCCAUGUUGGAUGCGUGCUUGUGUGCCAUUUUUUUUUUUUUCUGCCAGACUGACAAGUACAAGAUUCUCUUGUACUAGGAAAAAAUUAAAACAGGGACAAGGUGAGGAGUAGCUGGUCUCUUGGAGUGAUGGGGCCUGUGUCAGACAGCAAAGAGAGGGAGGGCUUUCUGAGGAGGUGAAAAAGGAGAAGGAACCACCCACUAGAGAGACAAAGCUCCAGGUGGAGGGAACAGUAGGUGCAAAGGCUGAGGUGGGCAGGCUUGAAGCACAGCAAGGUCAAUGUGGCUGAUGAGGGGGACAACAAGGAGGAGGUGUUGAUGUCCAGGAGCCCUGUGGAGAUGUCAGACCAGGCAGGGCCUUGUGUGCUGCCCUGGGGAGUUUUUAUUUUAUGCUAAGAGAUUUGGGGAGCCCCAGGAGAUUUAAAAGCUUAGGAGAGUCUGGAAGUCAGGUUUCAAAAGCUCCCUCGGGCCACCCCAUGGAGAAUGGACCAAUGCAGUUUGGGGGAGAGGCAAAGUGCUUUGGGAACACUGAAACUAAUACCUGAGAAGGUUUCUGAAGGAUACAUUAAAAAGAAAAACCAAACUCACCCCUUAGAUGAACCCCAGUCCACUAGGUACAGUUGUCCACAUUGUGCACUGCCCAAGGGUUUGGCAUUUCUAAGGAGGCCUGUGCAAACCUUAGGCAUUGAGAGUUGUAUGUUUAUAUUGACGAUUUCCUGGUAUGUGAACAAGUCUGGAAGAAAUGGCACUACUUUCUCAGAGAAGUUACCUGGAGGUGUUCUAUGUCCCCUGAUUUUAGGCAGAUUCAGAUGCCAGAAGGUUCUGAAUCAGAGGUUAAGAUGCCAGUUUUCCCACAGGAUGGUGGGGGAGGGGGCUGGGGCCAGGGGCAGGUGGGGGUUGGCAAGGAGGGAGCUUAGAAUCUAUUGCAUGGACUGAGAGGCAGAUUUUAAAUUCAGACCACCUUCAGGGGUAGGUGGGAGUGAGGUGGAUAGAUGAUUCAGGUUGAGAACACCAGCAACACCCCUAAGGGGAGGUAAUAUGACCUGGGGUGAACCCAGAAAUAUUUAUGGAUGACCAGCAGGAAAAGGGGUAGCUGAGCUUCUGCCUGAGAGAGCCAACUUAUUUCCAAGAGUCCUUGGGAGUCUUUGGUCAAGGCCUGCCCGUGUGUGUGAAUGAGUGAGUGAGUGUGUGUGUGUGUCUGUAAACUUCCCCAGCACCGCCCAGACACAUGGAGGGAGCUUUAGGUAGUAUUUGUUGAAUGACUUUUUCUGACUCCCAGGCUAGAACUGUUUUGGAAAUUUACUCCCUCUUCUUUCCCCCAGAGAACUCCUAUUUAUCCCUCAAAACCCAUCACAAAUAUCCUCUCCUGUAGAAAACCCUCCCUGCUCCUCCUCAGAACUUCCCCCAGCCACUGUCCCUGAUGCCAGGGGGUGGGAGUUGUCUGUGACAUGCUCUAUUUACCCCAACUAGGGUCUGAGGCCUCUGGAUAGGCCCAAAUUCGCCAAGUACAGACUGGGCACAGGGGGAUGAUGGGGAGGGUAUGACUAGUAGAAUUAUGUCUUGGGGUGGGGGGUUCACAUGCAUGUCUAUCCAUGUCUGUCCAUACCAACCUUCCCCUCCCACGUAGACCUGGGCACACAGAACGUGCUCCAGCAAGACUGCUGCUGAGUCACACAACACAGAGUGGAGAGAGGGUGAGAGCAGACAAUGAGGAGACAGGAAAGGAGUCUCAGGGCCUGGAAGCCUUUGGAACUAGAAAGUUCCUGUAUCAGAACAAGCGUCAGAGAGAAGCAGGGUUUCCCCAAGGCCAUUCACCACCUCACCUGGGGUGCCCGAACUUCUGAGCCCUGGUGGGGCCUCAGGGUUGUAUCGGACCUCAUUUCAUGCCAGGAACAUGCCCUAGAUUUUCACGGGUCUGGGAAAGGAUAAAGUAGGGUUGGCCCUUUGUCAGGGAGGGGGGCUGUGACAUUGAGGGGCAUUUUGGACAGAGCUGAUCACUUCUUCCUGUGCCCCCACUCCCCAAAAAGGGACAGUGUCCCAGAGUAAGGACACAAUGAGAGAAGAGGGAAGGAUAGAGAGAAAGAGAAGGGGAGAAAUCAAGAGGGCGAGAUCAUGCCCAGGAAGAUCUUGAGGGUCUCUGGGCGGUGGGGGGUGGGGACACAGAGCAACCUUGAGAUGGAGAGAGACUCAGAGAUGGGUAGAAAAGUAGGGGGUCUAGAAGGAAGAGGAACCCACUGUUCUCUUUGGCUCUCACCAGCCCAUCCUAGAAGGAUUUAUGAGAAACGAGCAGGUGCCUGGCCUUGACCCGCAAUCCUUCUCAGGCCCCAGAGCCUGAAACCUCACCGUGCCCCCAUCAGAGAUGCAAAAAACUUAACACCCAACUAGAAAUCUUUGGGACCUCAGAGACCUUGCUGUCCCCCACACCCUGUGCUGUUCAUUUUGUAGAUGGGGACACCGAGGGGCGGGGCAGAGCAGGGACAGCCCAGAGUCGUCCCCUAAAACUCUGCUGCCCCAGUGGAGCGGGAGGGGAGCUCACUGGGGGGUCGUUUUGGAUCACGACACCAUCUGCCCCCUGAACAUCCUUUCCUAAGAACUGUCAAGGACCAAAGUCGUCUUCGCUGACACGUGUUGCUUUUCUCUUUGCCUUUUAUUUUCUUAAAGAGAGAAAUCAAGUAGACGGUGUCGAGUAAGACCUCCCCCAUUCCCCAACCCCCGCCUAACCAUAGUGGCUCUCUUGAGGCACCGGUCACCGGCGGAGUGGGCACCCCCACCCCCAUGCAUCCCAGGCCAUCCAGCCAGGGGGACUUAUUUGCACCCCUGGUCCCGGCCCCCUGAAGCCCCCCAAACCUGGCCACGCAGUCGAGGGGGUUCUUCCUCCACACACCUUCUCUUAGCAUGUGAUUGCAAAUGUGAACUCAAAAUGCUGUUUGUUUGUUUGUUUGUUUGUUUGUUUGUUUUAAUUCCAUCCCGUUGGUCCGGUGUCUGCACAGAUGCCACCCACGCCCCGCCCCCAUCUCUCUGUAAAUAUGUGACUUGGAACAAAUGUUUAAAACCAACGAGAAGUGGUCAUGAAUGCAUGGUGUUGAGAUGUUUUGCACUAUUCCGACUUUUUGGUCUCUGUAAAAAUAUUUUAUUAACAGCAGACAUUAAAAAAAGCAAAAGCACACA